GCCCCCUCUGAGCCGCGGGGAAACGGGGCCGCCUGGGCGUGCCUGGUUCUAUGUAAUCUCAUUGGGCAACAGCAGUGGAAUUCGUCUGUCCAAAAUGGUUUAUGGUGAAUUUUUCCGCAGACCUGGCAAAGAUGCAGAACUUAUCAAUUUGAAUGUGGGUGGCUUUAAGCAAUCAGUGGAUCAAAGCACCUUGCUCCGAUUUCCCCAUACCAGACUUGGAAAACUUCUCAAAUGCCAUUCAGAAGAGGCUAUUCUAGAACUGUGUGAUGAUUAUAGUGUGGCAGACAAGGAAUAUUACUUUGACAGGAAUCCUUCCUUGUUCCGAUAUGUUCUGAACUUCUACUAUACGGGCAAACUUCACGUUAUGGAAGAACUUUGUGUCUUUUCCUUCUGCCAGGAAAUAGAGUACUGGGGGAUAAACGAGCUGUUUAUUGAUUCCUGCUGCAGCAAUCGGUACCAAGAACGGAAAGAGGAAGGUCCUGAAAAAGACUGGGAUCAGAAGAGCAACGACAGUAUGGACUCCUCCAAUGAAGAGUCAUCCAUAUUUGACAAAGAGCUAGAAAAGUUUGAUAAUCUGUGUUUUGGUGAAAUAAGAAAGAAGAUCUGGGUCAGGAUGGAAAAUCCUGCAUACUGCUUGUCUGCCAAGUUAAUUGCCGUGUCAUCCCUGAGUGUUGUUCUGGCAUCAAUUGUAGCCAUGUGCAUUCAUAGCAUGCCAGAAUUUCAAAGGCUGGAUGCCAAUGACAGGGAGAUUGGAGACCCUGUGCUGGAAGCUGUGGAGAUUACAUGCAUCAUCUGGUUUACUGCUGAGCUGGUGAUCAGGCUCUUCACUGCUCCAAGUCAGAAGAAGUUCUGGAAGAAACCACUGAACAUCAUUGAUUUUGUCUCUAUUAUCCCAUUUUACGCCACACUGGCUGUGGACACGAAGGAAGAAGAGAGUGAAGAUAUUGAGAACAUGGGGAAGGUGGUUCAGAUCCUGCGGUUAAUGAGGAUAUUUCGCAUCCUGAAGCUGGCCAGGCACUCCGUAGGACUGCGGUCUUUGGGCGCCACUUUGAGACACAGCUACCAAGAAGUUGGACUUCUGCUUUUGUUUCUGUCAGUUGGGAUUUCUAUUUUUUCAGUGCUUGUCUACUCAGUGGAGAAAGAUGAUGACUCAUCAGAGCUGCAGAGCAUCCCUAUUUGCUGGUGGUGGGCAACCAUCAGCAUGACCACUGUUGGUUAUGGGGACACUUACCCGGUCACGCUUGCUGGAAAGCUGCUCGGCACCCUCUGCAUCAUCUGUGGGAUUCUGGUGGUAGCACUUCCAAUCACCAUUAUUUUCAAUAAGUUUUCUAAGUACUACCAAAAGCAAAAAGCUAUUGAUAGAGACCAGUGCAACAAUGAUCGCAAAGAGAAAAGCAAUGACCUACCCUAUUUUAACAUUAGGGAUAUUUAUGCAAAAAAGAUGCACUCCUUCAUUUCUAGCCUUUCUUCAGUAGGAAUUGUGGUCAGCGACCAAGAGUCAACAGAUGCCUCCAGUAUCCAAGAUAUGGAGGAUGCUUAUAACACAGUAUCUUUAGAGAAUGGUACAGGAAAAUGAGUUGAAUCACGUUUGCUUCUCUUUAUUUCUCUUCUGAUUCUUGGUAAAUGUGGACUGACAGACUUCAGUGAAUUCAUUAAGAGCAGUUGAUUCUCAGGGUACUUAACUCUCAGCCAUAUUUGGACAUUCUUUGCUCUGAGGAUGCCAUAAAAGCUUCAUUGUUUAUAUGAGGUUUUAAAAUAUGCCUCGUACAGUGGUUUAGUUUUUACACAACUAGUGUUAUGCAUUUUUGGGGACAAAAAGCUGGGAAAAGAGUUUUACAUGUGAGAUAAGUGGGGUCUUUUUGAUUUGUGAGUAUUGUUGUUUGAUUUGUUCAUUGUUUUUUCCCCUGCAGCAGUCUCAUAUCUUACACAGAAUUUGCUUUUAUAAUUUGCUGCUCUUCUGGUAGAGAUGCAUUAAAAAUGUGUAAGAACUAUUGCACAAGUUAGUGAAGUUUUCACCUGCAAAUACAUUAGAUAAAUGAAGGAAUUGUGUACAUGUAAAACUGUGUUCACUAACAAAUUUGUGUAAUUUUAGAGUUGGGAAUCCAUUUCCUAAGUUGGGGCAGAAAAUAUAUUGGUACAUAUUGUUUUUACUCCAUGGAAGCAUAAUAUUUAUUAAUUUCUUUCCAAAAGCACAAUACAUUU